GGCGCCGAGAAGGAGCAUAUGCAGACUGAGCAAUCUGUACAAUGGAGAGAUCGCAAAAUGUCACUGAAGCUGAAGCCAAAGCUGAGAAGCAACUAUUGAGGCCACACAGAAAAAUAGCAUACGCCUUGGGCAAUUUCUUUACCGUCCUUGCUAUUGCUGUCUGGUUUCCUUACAAUAUCUCUUUUUUUCAAUUUGUUUUGGGACUCUCGGCUAAAAAUGCUGGCAACAUUGUCCUGAUCGCUCAAGUAGGGGGAGCUAUAUCAACACCUUUAGUAGGGAUGUGGUCUGAUAAAUGUUCUUGUAAAAUUCCAGGGAGAAGGAAAAUAUUCCACCUGAUUGGUCUUAUCACACUUGCAUUAGUGAUGUUCUUCUUGUGGUACAAAUGUCUUGGGUGCAGUGAUGCAUCCGAGGUGUACCAAGUUAUUUAUUUUUGUUGCUUUGCUAUAAUUUUUCAAUUUAGCUGGGCAUCAAUUCAAAUUGGCCAGUUAGCUCUCCUUCCUGAAAUUUGUGUUCAAAAAAGAACCCAAGUCCAAUUGAAUUCAUUGAGAUAUAGUUUUACUAUUAUUGCAAACCUUGUUGUCUUUGGAUGCUUUUGGUUGCUCUUAAAGUUUUAUUCUGACGACAGCAGUAAAAAUACUGGAGAUAAACCAUUAACACCAGAUGAUCUUAACAUAUUCUUGAUUAUGUCAGCAGUUGUUAUUGGAUUAGGAUUUCCCUCCUCCCUCCUCUUUCAGUUUUUGAUUCCUGAGAAAGUAAAUGUUAAUCUAGCAAAGCAAACUUGGUACAAAUGGAUUGUUAACCCAAGAUUUUAUCUU